GGCGGAGCAGGCGGAAGUAGGGUGAAAAGCGGCUACAACGCCGAGCGGAGGAGGUAGGAACCUGAUUUCCAGAAGCAGCUGGGUAGGCACCAUGGCCGGGAACAGCACCAUCGAGGCGGUAAAGCGCAAGAUCCAGGUUCUGCAGCAGCAGGCUGAUGAUGCGGAGGAGAGGGCCGAGCGCCUCCAGCGGGAAGUGGAAGGAGAAAGGCGGGCCCGGGAGCAGGCUGAGGCUGAGGUAGCCUCCUUGAACCGCAGGAUCCAGCUGGUUGAAGAGGAGCUGGACCGUGCCCAGGAGCGCCUUGCCACUGCUUUGCAGAAGCUAGAGGAAGCGGAAAAGGCUGCUGAUGAGAGUGAGAGAGGUAUGAAGGUGAUUGAAAAUCGGGCUCUGAAAGAUGAAGAAAAGAUGGAACUCCAGGAAAUCCAGCUAAAGGAAGCAAAGCACAUUGCAGAAGAGGCGGAUAGGAAGUAUGAGGAGGUGGCUCGUAAGUUGGUGAUAAUUGAAGGAGACUUGGAACGCACGGAGGAACGUGCUGAGCUGGCAGAGUCUAAGUGUUCUGAGCUGGAGGAGGAGCUGAAGAAUGUCACCAACAACCUCAAGUCUCUUGAGGCUCAGGCGGAGAAGUACUCCCAAAAAGAAGACAAGUAUGAAGAAGAAAUAAAGAUUCUUACUGAUAAACUCAAGGAGGCAGAGACCCGUGCUGAGUUUGCUGAAAGAUCGGUAGCCAAACUGGAGAAGACCAUUGAUGACUUGGAAGAUAAGCUGAAGUGCACCAAAGAGGAGCAUCUCUGUACACAAAGGAUGCUGGACCAGACCCUGCUGGACCUGAACGAGAUGUAGAUCUCCCCCUUCCCUGCCCUGCGGCCGCUCCUCCCUCUGACCUUGACUCCGCCCGAGGCCAGCUUCCCGAAGCUGACCUUGAAACUGAGGGCUGAUCUUUUUAACUGAAGGCUGCUUUCCCUCCUGCCACCCCCUCUACCCCUCUUGUCUUUUUCACAAAACUGUGUCAGCCUCUUCCCAGAGCUCCAGCUGGAGGGGCUGCACACCUUUGGGAACAAUAUUUAAGGGAAUGUGAGCACAACGCCAAGUGUCUUCAAUGCAGUUGUGAUACGCACAUUGUGAUUCCUUUCUGUCUUAGCGACCAUUUUUAACAUUCCAAGCAUUCUGCAGCUUGGAGCAGCACAUUUUAGCCUAAUGGAUACUGUCUCGCCAUGGAGGAGAAACACAGGAAUGGGCCAGCCUUCCUGAGAGCCAGCAGAGCCCAGGCAGGCUCCACUGUGGGAGACCUCAGUACUCUGCACCAAGUCUUAGCCAAACAGCAGGGGGAUUCUAAGAAGUUAGCCAAAAACAAAAAAACUGUUCCGGGCUGUGAAGGUUUUCAGCUUUGAUAUCUUUGAACAACUUUACACUUAUGUUUAUUUUUUACUUUUUCCAUCAGAUGUGACCAAAUAAGACGUCUGAGACAGCCCCACCUCCCAGGGCUGCGUAUUAGGCAAGCGCACUUCCCUUCAGCCCCAGCCCUGAGCCCAAAAGUGUCUCAGCUCUGCCCCUUUCCCAGCUGCUCAAAAACGGAUCAUGGUGCCCCUUAGUGUUGUGGUGACCUCUUAGUGUUUGCCUGCCCCCAAGAGAGACAGAGAAGGAAAAUUAUUAUGUUUGUGCCACUGAUUUAGCCACGUGAAAGUCAUCUCAUCACCCUUUCCUGAAGCUGCUGUCUCUAAAGUGCCAUCUCAUUGUGCGUUUUAUCAGUCAGUGCUGGAGAAAUCUUGAAUAGCUUAUGUAAAAAAAAAAAAAAAAAAGAACUUUUUAAAUUUUAUAUUAUUUUGAAAUUUUGUUUUUGGGGGGGUUGGGUUACGGUGGCCAACCCAUUGGCUGUGAGAAUUCUUUGCAGUCUGUGGGCUAGUGGUGUGCUGAUCUUUCAAGUGUCCCCAGCCAUUGCCGUGUUCGAAUGGUUUCUCCCGUCAGGCGGGCACCCUGCAGAUUCCUGGCUUCUUUGUACUCUCCUCCGACCGCUGGAGAAAGAGAACCCCGCAGUGCAACUGUUUUGAUACUGAAUAUUGACAAGUGACAUUUUGAAAUAAAGAACCAGUCCCUCCAUGA